CCAUAGUUUUAAGAUAAACAAACAAAGGGAUGGGUGUUCAUACAGCCGUGAUUUUUGGCGCAAUUUUUGUGUUUUUUGACGUCGCAUAUACGUUGGAGCCUUCGAGGGUUGUGACGACGAAACAGGGUAAAGUUGAGGGUAAUUUAGCGACAAAUGGAUUGUAUUAUGAAUUUUUGGGGAUAAGAUAUGGUGUCCCUGUAAAAUUUAGGGCACCAGAUGAACCUCCAACGUUCGACGAAACUUACAAAGCUGAUAAUCGAGCAGUCUUAUGUCCCCAAUUCCUUACCACAGACCCCUUAGCUGCUCCCAGCGACAAUGAAGACUGUCUAGUUCUAAACAUCUUUUCCCCGAGCGCUGUUGUCAAUGAAUCUAUACCCGUCCUUGUCUUUCUCCACGGAGGAGGCUUCGGCAUCGGUUCAGGAUCACCAAGCUUCUACGGGCCACAAUAUUUAGUCAGUCACGGCAUUAUUGUCGUCACGGUCAACUAUAGACUCAACGUUUACGGUUUUCUAAAUCUAGGUAUAGAAGACGCCCCUGGUAACGCCGGACUUAAAGAUAUAAGAGCCGCUUUGAGAUGGAUUAAGGAUAAUAUUAAUGGUUUCAAUGGAGAUCCUGAUAAUAUCACAGUUAUGGGGCAAGGCAGUGGGGGAAUUGCGGCUAUAUAUCUAACGUUAUCUGAAACAACUAAAGGUUUAUUCCAUAGGAUUAUUUCUGAAAGCGGUAGUCUGUUUUCGCCUCAAUCUUUCGAUGCAAAGCCAUUGAAGACUGCAAGCCAGGUAGCUAAAGCACUAGGACUGAACACUAUGGACCCUAAAAAGUUGUUGAAAGUGUACACCGAAACGGAAAUCAACAAAGUUGAGGAAGCCAUUUCUAAACAAAUGAAUCCAAAAUCUGUUUUCGUGCCAUCAGUUGAAAAGAUCUUCGAAGAUGAAGAGGCAUUUAUUACUGAUACUCCUUACAAUAUAAUAUCUAGUAAAGAUUUUAAUCCAGUACCCAUUAUACUCGGUUUAAACACCGUCGAGGGCUUGAUCAGCACUUUAGAUUACAACACUAUAACAAGUCAAAUGGACAGAAUCAAGAAUGAAGACUAUUCGGCAUUGGAUCAAAGAAGUUUGAUAGUUCCUAAAGAUGAAAUAGAAGAAUUUAGAGAAACGUUAAAAGAAACUUAUUUUACUAAUACCACAUCAGACGAAUCAUUGAUCGGUGGAAUCAUCAAUUUGAAUACAGACUUCUCAUUCGUCGGGCCAAUGUCCUUGUUUUCAGAAUUAUAUUCUAAUCAUUCGGAUGUUCCGGUUUACGAAUAUAUUUUCAAUUACAUCGGUAGCAGGAAUCUAGGGAGGCUGUUGACGAAUAGCAGUUUGGCCGCGACAGCCAAUCAGGACGAAUUAUUUUAUUUGUUCGAGCUGGAAAGAGUUCCGUUGCCGAUGGAUGAAGAUGAUGCUAGAAUGGUCACCUUUAUGACAAUGAUGUGGACAAACUUUGCCCGAUACGGUUCUCCAACUCCGGAACCUGGCAAUGGAGAAUGGUUGCCAUACCCUCACCACCUGGCCAUAACCCUGGAACCCCAGUACGUGACCCCGCUGACGCCUGACAGAGCGUACUUUUGGCGCGCUUUCUACAACAAAUAUGGCGCUGACAUUUACUAGAAUUAGAGAAAACGGAAAAAGUUAUUAUUAAUAAUUUAUUUUACUUUGUAAGUUGAUGUUUAUGUUCGUAAUAUUUCGGUGUAACUUUUCUAUAUAUUGGUUUUAUUAUUUUAUUGACUUCUAAUUUUCUUCAUAAAAAUACCUAUACAUAUAAGUAUUAUUACUUACAAAUACCUAAUCUAUCGUAUUUUUUGUAUUUUAUGUGUAAGUGUUUGUUUAACAUAUUUUCUAAUAUUAUUUUUAAAAGUAUGUACCUACCUUACCGUAUAAUAUUAUAUUUAUGUAAUAUUCAAUUAUAUACUUACAAUCUAUAAUAAUAAGUGAUAUACAUAUAUCGAAAAAAGUAAAUAUUACAAAUGAUACAAUUCUUAUGUCACAUAAAACAAAUACCUACUUUAUGAUAAAAGCAUUAUCUUACGGUCAACUAUUUGGUCACACAGAGAAUGCAAUGUGAGAGCCAAAAAAUAAAAGUUUAUAAUAAGACCACAAUAAAUUGAUACAUAUUUAAACUCA